AUGCCUACGUCUGUGACUUGCUCACAAGCAUCCAAAGAUGUCUCCUAUUCCUACAUCACACCUAUACCUGCUAGUAUCACUGCCAAGACCGGCGUAGAAUGCAUCCUCGGUGUCGACGAAGCAGGGCGUGGUCCCGUUCUUGGACCUAUGGUCUAUGGUGUUGCGUACUGCUCUGUCGACUAUGCAGAGAGUAUCAAGCAACAUGGUUUUAUGGACUCGAAAGUACUGGAUCACGCAACGCGUGUUGACUUGCUACACAAAAUGGAAGACACGCAGCAUGUCCUCCAACAAGAGAUUGGAUGGACAGUGCGUGUCAUGUCAGCAAGGGAUAUCGCCGCGGGUAUGCUACGUCCGUCUGCGCCGUACAACUUGAAUGCACAAGCCCAUGACACGACCAUCCAACUCAUCCGCGAUGUUCUGGCACAAGGCGUCAAUGUUCGUCAAAUCUUUGUGGAUACCGUUGGGAUUCCUGAAAAGUAUCAGCAGAUCUUGCAGCGUGCGUUUCCGAUGGCCCAAGUCACUGUGACGAAGAAGGCGGAUAGUCUGUUCCCAAUUGUCAGUGUUGCUUCUAUUUGUGCAAAAGUGACACGAGAUAAGGCGUUGGAAGCAAAUGCGGCAGAGACUGUCCCUGUCGUAGGGACAUGGGGCUCCGGCUACCCAGGCGAUGCACGAACGGUGGAAUGGCUCAAACGGCACAUGCACCCGAUUUUCGGCUGGCAAGGUGGGUUUGUGAGGUACUCUUGGGCCACUGCAAAGGAUAUGCUUGAAGGCACCUCAAAGCACGUCAAGGACAAAAAGGCUGCCGUGGAAGUAAUCUGGCAUGAUGAGAUUGUGGAGGAGGUUGAGCACGGACAAGCACGCAUCAGUGAUAUGCUCCAGGGCAAGAACAAGGGUAAAUCUGCAUACUCUGUCGAACGCUAUUUCGGGAAGAAUGCAACAAUGGCCAUGUUUUGA